GGCACGACGUGUCGUCUGCUCCAUGUCUGCUCCGGGUAUUGUGGUGUUGUGUUCUCAGGAUCCGUGUGAUCUCGUGUUGUGUUAGGGGACUUAAUCGUGCUGCAACCCUUCACGUUUUCGUUGUGGAGAUAUUUUGUCUUAAGAAGGGGGAUAACUCAGUUGUUGUCAAUGAUUCAAAAGUGCACUACAAACUUGUCGUUUUUUCACUGACUGAAAGGUUUCAUCGAUGUUUUUUUUGGGAACUAUUCAAAUGUCGGAUUGAGAGGAAACAAGAAGAACUCGACAUAGACGCUCCCCAUCUUCCUGACGUCAGUCCGCCAAUCAAAAUGUUCCUCAGGGAGUGGAACAUGACGCUGAAUAAAAUCUGUUGUAUUGGUGCUGGGUAUGUGGGUGGGCCAUCUUGUGCUGUCAUUGCCCACAAAUGUCCUAACCUCCAGGUGACUGUGGUUGACCAGAGCAGUGAGAGGAUAGCCCAGUGGAACUCUGACAACCUGCCCAUCUUUGAGCCAAAGCUGGACGAGGUGGUGAAGGCAUGCAGGGGCCGCAACUUGUUUUUCUCUACUGAUGUUGAGAAGGGAAUCAGGGAGGCGGAGUUAAUCUUCAUUUGUGUCAACACACCCACAAAAACUUUUGGCUGGGGAAAGGGGAGGGCAGCAGACUUGAAAUACAUUGAAUCAGCCGCCAGAAGAAUUGCAGAAGUGGCACAGAAUAACAAAAUUGUGGUAGAGAAAAGUACAGUCCCAGUGAAAGCAGCAGAAAGUAUUGCCAAUAUUUUGUCCGCCAAUGUCAAGCCUGGGGUCAGGUAUCAGGUUUUAUCCAAUCCAGAAUUUCUGGCUGAAGGUACGGCCAUCUCUGACCUGCUGAAGCCAGACCGUGUCCUGAUUGGUGGAGACCAGAGCCCAGAAGGACAGGAAGCUGUGGACGCGCUCUGCUGGGUGUACAAGCAUUGGGUGCCCUCAGAGAACAUCAUCACCAUGAACACCUGGUCAUCUGAGCUCUCCAAACUGGCAGCAAAUGCAUUUUUAGCCCAAAGAAUUUCCAGCAUAAACGCCAUGUCAGCAAUCUGUGAGGCCACAGGAGCAGACGUGGAUGAGGUAGCUCACGCCAUAGGGACAGACACGAGGAUAGGACCCAAGUUUCUCAAGGCCUCAGUGGGUUUUGGUGGCAGCUGUUUCCAAAAAGAUGUUCUAAACAUGGUUUACCUGUGUGAGUGCUUGAACUUACCUGAGGUGGCAGCCUAUUGGCAACAGGUGAUUGCCAUCAAUGACUACCAAAGGAUGCGCUUCACUAAACGAAUAGUGGAGAGUCUGUUCAACACCGUCACCAACAAAAGGAUUGCCAUUUUAGGAUUUGCUUUUAAAAAAGAUACAGGAGACACCAGAGAAUCUGCUGCCAUAUACGUCUCUAAAUAUCUAUUGGAGGAAGGCGCCCAGAUACGUAUAUACGACCCAAAAGUUCCGGUGGACCAAAUUAUGACUGAUCUGAAAUCUGCUGAAGUCACAGAUGAACCAGAGCUAGUUGAAAACCUGGUCUCUAUAUGCAAUGAUGCUUACACUGCAGCAGAGGGUUGUCAUGCUCUGGUGGUGUGCACAGAAUGGGAUGAAUUCCAGGAUUUGGAUUAUCAAAGGAUUUACAACAAGAUGCUAAAACCUGCCUUCAUCUUUGAUGGUCGUCUAAUCCUUGACCAUCAAAAGCUGAUGGAAAUGGGAUUUAAAGUUGAAACCAUUGGCAAACGCUUAUGUAGGGACCAAACUAAAGUGGUUAGAAAAUACGCCAAUGGGACACCCUAGACUUUUGAUUUGAUUCAAAAACAAAAUUUAGCUUUUAGUUUAAAAGUUAACUGGCAGAUUUAUGAUGGGGGAUCAGUUACCUGGACCAUUAAACAAUCACUUAGUCAAAAGCAUAAACACUUUUUUUUAUAUAUUUGAAAAUCUAAAACAGAUUGGACUGCUAUUGCCAAAAUUUUAUUUUUAGAUUUGAAUUGAAAUGAAAACUAAUGAUUCCUUCAUGAUCAAUAUUAAUUUUUCAAUUUUUAUUCUCUCUGUUGAUAUAAGGUGGAUAUAUGAAAAGAUAAAGAAUAUUUUGGUCAAAACCACUUCAGUUGGUGUCUAUAGAUAGACAUUAUAUCUGUUAAGUAGUUACAUCAAAUGUUGAUGACACUAGUUUUUAAAAAUGUGACACUUUUAACUAUUUUAGUUUCAGUUAAAAACCACUUUUUAUUUAUUAACAAUUCUGGUCUGUUAUUUUUGACCUGCAACCCAAUCAAAUCAGUGUACAUAUGUACAGUUCAUGUUAAGUUUUGUACUGCUAGGAUGAUGCAAUUCGAUCACCACACAGUUAUUAGUCCUGCAGUCGCUUGUGUAAAUAUUUACAGCACAAACGUGCCUUAUCCAACCAGGCUGUUGGUGACCCUAUAAAUAGAACAGGUAAAUCACCACUAGAGGGAAAUGUGGGAUCUCAUUGGUCCACAUGAUGUUCAUAUAGUUCAGUACAAAAUGUGUUCAGAUUCAUUUGCUUUCAUCUCAUUAGGAUUAGCAUUAUACAUUGUCUAUUGAAAAAAAUCUCAGUCAAACGUUUUUAUAAUCAUAUUGAUGUGUCAUACAACAAACCUUUAUUUAUAAAUUUCAUAUUUUAUUUCAUGUAAACUAUAUUUUACAACAGUGUUGAUUCACCAAUGUUGAUGUUUUACAACAAAGUGUUAAGUUAUAAAAUUACAUUUACAAUGUGUUACCCUUUACCAAUUAUUAUGACAAAUAUUCAAAUGUAAAUUUUGUAAAUAUACACCAUGACAUGCA